AUGGCAUCAACCAAAAAAAAUUCAUCAUCUCCAAUACUCGCUACUGAAAUCCUCCAGGAAAUAUUCAAAUAUAUUCGCGAUCUGCAAACGUUAUUUUCAUGUCUUUUGGUGAAUCGACAGUGGUGUCGCACUGUUAUUCCAAUACUUUGGCGAGAUCCAUUUGAAAAAGGACCAUCGCCAACAAUUAUUCAACUUUAUGUGAGAUCCUUACCUGAAUCGGCUCGUUGUCGUUUAAAGGAAGCUGGCAUUAACCAAAUUUCUGAUUGCAUUGGAUCUACAAUUUUUGAAUACCCUUCUCUUCUAAAACGUUUAAGAUUUGGCGAUAUUUCCAAUUCUAUUAAUGCAUGGCUAACACCAAGUAAAAUAAAAAUAGACAUUCAAGAUAAAAUUAAAAGCUCUGAAGUCUUACGUGAAAUUCUGACUUUAAUUUUACAAUCUGUUGAUUCCUUGGAUGAAUUGAUAAUCGAAAUAUAUAAAGCUCAAUUUGCUGAAAUUUCAAAAAGCAAUUUUGUUUUCCCCGAGUUCGAUGGAGUCGAUGAACCUCUCAAGAAUAUCCGAAAACUUCAUUUUAAGGGUAACUAUUUAAGUCAAGACCUUUGGAAACCGAUGACUGAAAAGAUGACGGAAAUUACACAUUUCCGUAUUGACAGCAGCAUGUUCAGUAAUAACGAUCAAGAAUUCGCAGCGAACUUCAUCAAAAAACAAAAAAAUUUAGCUCAUCUCUGCCUUUCUCGUAAUGGAUGUUGGGAUGCUUUGGCAUCACUAGCUGUAAUUGGAAAGUCAAUUAGAACAUUGUGUUUUUUUAAAUUAGAUUUUGAAUUUAUCGACGAAAGAGCAAUCAAAGGAUUGAAAGCUUGCAUUAAUUUACGAGCAGUUGAUCUAGAAUAUUGCUUACAUUGUGAUUCACUUGGAUUAAUCGAGGCGGUCAAAACCUUUCAAAAUUUGAAAUAUUUUGCUUGUUUAUCAGAACGUCGAACAAUGCCAACUGAAAUUGUGAAGACGGUGCUCGAAACGAGCGGAAACAAACUUGAGUUUCUUUUUUUGAAUCCUUUAUCUUGGGAUACCAUGGUGCAUCAAGAAAUUAUCGACUCUUUGAUUACCAAUGGACAAACAUUGAAAUUUUUAGAAUUGUCAGGUUUACAUGAAGUGGAUACUGGCAGAAUUCUAUCUGCUUGUCCAAACCUAAUUGAUUUCAUAUUUUGCGCGCAUGGAAAUAGUAAUCUUGAAAUGAUGACGAAAAUCGCGAAAACUGCUCCACCAACAUUGCGGCAUUUAAGAAUCAAUAUUAACGGACAUCAGAUGUCAAUAGCUAUAUUUCGUAUAUUCUUGGAAAACUUGCAAAUUAAGCUCGAGUCGUUUCAUGUUGGCGCUCCGUACCCAGAAAAUUUAAAAGCCUUUUUAAAUUCUAAUGGAAUAAAGGAUACUUAUCCUCCCGGAAGAGUUGAAGUUCUGCGAAAAAAGUUUAUUCCAACAUUUGGCCUCGAAGAAAAUCGUUUCGCACGCAUCCCAGAGGAAUUUGGUGGACGUUGA